CGUCGUAUUAGUUCCUGUGGGUGGCUUGUCGUGACUGUCAUAAUGCAGCACGGUACUGUUCACAGCUUUCGUCAGUUCGGGCACCCGGAUUGGGAACUUGAAGUUCAUUGAACUGAGUUUUUCCACUGUGGAGCGCGAGGCAACAACUGGCUUACAAGUUCAAGAUAAAACCAUGUCGUCUCAUGUGAAGCGGGAUGCAUCAUAUCGCUCUUAUGAUUCAGAAUGGGAAGCCAAAGAGGAGGUCCGGCUUCGAGAAUUGGAGGAAGCUCGGGCUCGGGCUGCUCAGAUGGAGAAAACCAUGCGUUGGUGGUCAGACUGCACAGCUAACUGGCGGGAAAAAUGGAGCAAGGUACGCACAGAACGCAACAAAGCGCGGGAGGAAGCGCGUCUCCUCAGAGCCCGUGUGGAUGCAGCAACGAAGGAGGCUGUGGCCCUCAAGCGUGAAAAACAUGAACUGGAGGCAGAAGUUGAUCAGCUACGACGGGAGUUCGAAUACUUGCGAACUGCGGAGAGCAGCAAUAACAGCAGGGAGACAGAGGUGCUGGCAUCUUCAGGCAGCACCUCGUCCCAUGUAGAACGAGAGCACCUCGACCAGGAUUCAAGCAGUGGCCUCCCAUCUCAGCUUGAUUCUGACUCGACAGACCAGCAGGUGUCAUUACUACAGUUGCGCCUGGAUGAAGCUUCAAAGCUGCUCCACACCGAAAGACAGGAGAAAAGCCAACUGACCAAAGCACUUGAGAAGCAAAUGGCUGAGCUUGGACAGCUGCGGGCAAAAUAUGACGAGCUUCGAAAAUCUCGCCAGGACACACUCAAAGAGCUUAAUCAAGUGAGAGCAGAGCACCAAGAUGAGCUGGAGUGUAUUCUUAUUGACCUGGAAGAUGAGGCAAGUGGCCGUACGUGUUUGGACAAGCGAAUGACUGAGCUUAGGGCUCAGCUUGUGCAACUGCAAGGUGAGAAUGCUGCAGAAUGGGGUCGACGAGAGCGCCUGGAGACAGAAAAGUUAGCACUGGAGCGGGACAACAAAAACCUGCGUGCAUCGCUGCAAGAAAUGCAUGAGUGUCUGCAGCGUAAAGCCCAGUCUCCUACGACAUGCUCUGACCAAAAGACACUUCAGGCUGAGCUGCAGCAUCGUACAAAGGAACUACUUGACCUCAAGCAUGCUCAUAGCAAACUGAAGAAAGUUCUCCAGGAGAAAAGUACAGAAUUGUCUCAUGCACUGCGACGAUCGGAGCAGUACGAGGCAGAGGUGAAGAAGCUUCGAGGGCGUAUUGAUGAACUCAAAAAAGAACUCGCAACUGCUGAAGAUGAGGCUGACACUGCCACCAACAGUAUUCGCAAACUUCAGCGCAGUAAUGAUGAGCUGCAGGAGCAGAUUGAAACACUGCAGAUGCAGCUGGAGCACUUACAGACAAGCGAACAAGAAUGCUUGGUUGCAUCGAUUCACUUGGACACUGUCAAGGCUGAAGAACACUGUGCCGCACAAGCUUCACAGCCUGCACCAUCUGAACAGCCGAGGCGAGCAGGCAGCUGACUUGCUGAGCGAAGAUGAAGUUGGAGAGGGCUGACAGCCUUCUUGACACCUCUGAAGAUAGGCUUUCAGGACCGCAGAAUAGCUCUAGUGCUGCUUGUGCAGCCGUCAAGUGGCAUGUACUAUAACUAUAUAUAUAUGUAUAUAUGCAGCUGAUAUGUCUAAACAAUUAUAUGAAGGAAUGUAGGCGUAGUACAGUUCGUGCUGCGAGAUAUCUAUCUGUACAAAAGAUUCAGCUAACUUGUUGGCUUGUUACAUGAAGUGCACUAGACUAGACUCUCUUGCAGAACAUUAUAAUACUACAUAGGAAAUCCAUUCAUCUUACCAGAAGUUCAGCUUAAAAGAAGUGCGGCAAGUGUGUGGAAAUCUAACAUAUUAAGCUUCUAGAAAGCUGCUGGAUGUUUUUCUCAUGUGGUUAAUCUCAAAAGCAACAUGGUAAAAAGAAACUUAAACUUAGCAUACCUCAUCCAAUGCUUUCAUUUAAUUUUUGAUGAAUUUUGCAUCAGUAUGCCUUACUUCAAUUUAUCAAUUUUAAACAAAUGUUCUUAAUUAGACCUGUAGGUGUGCUGCAAGAUGGGAGUAAGCAAAGUAAAGCAGGACUUGUUCAUGAUGGCUGCUUGGUACAUAACCUAAAGAGACCCCACAAAAAUGUUUAAUGAAGUUUUAAAAUAUUUUGGCUGUGAAGCACCACAUCGCCAAUCUUCAUUGGUGAUGUUUCAAAACUAUUCUGCAUCAGCAGAGUUAUAAAAACAUCACAAGUUGCUGUUAAACUAUGUACUCUUGGAUGUGUGUACUUUUCUGAUGUGGAACAAUACUCAUAGUAUUCAUGAGCAGGGGCACGUCUUCAUGCCACAAUUUUUUAUUAUGUGCCUAAACUGGUUACUAGACACAUCGCUCACGAUGUUCACUCAGUUAUCCUUUUCCACUGAUGUGCUUAGUAUGGCUUUCACGAUUUAUGCUAUUGAAGGAGCCCAUUGAAUAGCAGCCAUUUCUGUAGCCACUGGAGGCUACAUCAUUGUAGCCACCAGGAGGGAGGCUACAAAGAGUCGUGUGAAAUUUGAAGCGGCAAGUUAAUUUUUUUAGCAAAUGUUCUUGGUAAACAAUGCGAAACCAGACAAGGGACACAAAAAGGAUGUAGAUAAGCGCUUGUCUUCAUUAAGAGCUGCCUUUUCAGCAAAGCUGUAGCUUCUCUGCAGUGUUUAAAAGGAUUAAUAUUUAGCUAAAAUUUUAAGAGUGCUGACACAGGAAAAUUUUUUUCCAUUCUUUUUUUAAUUGUUGCUGACCUUUUAACUACAAUAUGGAGCCUUAAUUUCUAGGAUUUGCAUCAAAUCAUUAACUAUGUCGUCUUUCAAUGCGACCAGUUUAAAAUGCAUGCUAAGUGGAGUGAGACUCUGUGAUGCAGGAUGUAUUGAGCAGGACUCCUUCUGUGUCGCAGAAACAGGGGUGGUUGUCAAGUGGUAUCACAAGCCACUGAUGUGUGCAUCAGUUGGCCUUUUGCAGCGGUCGCAGCCACAUCAUGUCCAUGUUGCCAAAAACUGGGCACACACUACAUAGGCCAUUCUUCCCUCCUCAACUCUGUGCUUUUCUGCAUUCAACACGAGAUAAGCCUCGUCCUCUGCUGUCACUUUUCAUUUUAUCUCCCCUAUUAUCAUAUUAAGUGCCUAAUGCGUUCAACUUUUGGCAAGACGAUCACAAUGUGGCUUUCGACCACUGCGUCAGGCUGACCAGCUCAUGCGUCAGCAAUUUGUGACUGUAUCUGGCCACCACCUCCAGUUCCUGCGAUGUAUGGAGGGGUGCUGCUGACACAUCCAAAGCCAUGGUCCACUUAAUGUGCAUUUUAGUUUGGCUGUAUGAAAAGGUGGUGUAAUUAGUGAUUUGUCGUGUACCUAAAGAAUUGAAGUGAUAACAUGAAUGUGGAGUUGGCAGCUAUCUAAUAAAGCAAAAAAAAAAAAAAACAACUCGCAGGUCCAAUGCUGUUUGAGUCUAAAUGACUCAGAGCUUGUUUUGAGUUGUAGCAGCAGUCACAGAAUGCCUGGGCACAGUUUUAUCACUCUUAGCUGUUGGCUGUCUGUGCCAUGAGGAAAAAAGUAGUGUAUGAUGCUUGUUGAGGAAAGAUUGACCAGAGGUGUAUGCACAGCAAAGUAUGAUACAUAUCUUAAUACAAAGGCUUCUAUGCCCCUUGUGUCAUAGUGACAUAUACCAAUUUUGGGGGAUUGACCAAGAAUGGGCACAUACCCAGUGGCCCAGUCAUUCUUGACAAUAUGCACCCACAACGUGUGAGAAGAGGCAAAGGAAGCUAAAAGCAAGACAGAAGUUUUGUGUCAGUGAUCCCUUAAUGAUCAUGCAAUGUGAUUAUGUGGUGGGUUGUUAUGCAUGUCCAAAAAAUAAUAAAGGGCGGGGGGGGGGGGGGGGUGAGGUGCACUUUAGAACAAGGACAGUGCCAAAGUAGGAAACAAAAAAUGCAGAGACAUACAACUCUCUCUUUUUUUUUUCUUACUCUUCUUUUGGGCAGAGCUUCCAUGUUGUGCAAACGAAAAAUGGCAUAAUUUGGCUUAAAUACCUUAAUGUGAUUGUUGGCUGAACGUUUGUGAUGUUCACUUAUGCACUGAGGAGCCAGGAUAUUUAUUUGAUGAUGCAGACAUAUGGAUAUUGUGAAGACUUGUGCAUGUUGUUGUCUGUCAAAAAAAAAAAAAAAGGUGUUUUCUGCAGUGUAAAACUUUGAUGUGACCCGCCGGGGUGGCUCAGUCAGCUAAGGCGUUGCGCUGCUGAGCACGAGGUCCCUGCUGUGGCGGCCGCAUUUCGAUGGAGGCGAAAUGCAAAAACGCCCGUGUGCUUGCGUUGUAGUGCACGUUAAAGAACCCCAGGUGGUCAAAAUUAAUCCGGAGCCCUCCACUACGGUGUGCCUCAUAAUCAGAACUGGUUUUGGCACGUAAAACCCCAGAAAGAAGAAAAACUUUAAUGCGAGCAUAUAUAAAGUUUUCUUAUGGGAACAAAUAGUAGACUGUGCUAAAUCAAUCUGUCAAUGCACGUCUCCCCACUUAAGUUGUGUCACCGUCUUUUUAAUAGUUGUUAUAUGUGCUGAACUAUUUUGAAUUUGUUAGCCUUAAAAUUGCACUCUGCGUGAAACAGUCUUGUUUAGUAGUAUUAUAGUGCAAAAAUGAUCUAUCUGCAACCAUAUUUAUUAUUCUGAGUGAUAUUUAUCAUGAAGUAGCCAAUGUUGUCCAUUGUGUGUGGUCAUUGGUAUUCAGCUAUCCAUUCUGGUUUCUUCAUAUUGAGUUUUUUGGUGGCGUGAAAAAUUUUGCUUGUGUCAAAAGGUGGAUGGUGGUUGUCUCACUCUGAGUUCACUUGGCGAUAUUUAUGUCAGCAGGUGUGCAUCAAUGUUGCUCAUUUUUCUAGGCUCCCUUCUCAGGCUGAAACAUGCUAUUGAUGCAGUGACACUUGUUGCAAAGUGAUCACCACUUGUUCACAAAGAGUUGGCUUGGUGGACCAAAUAGUAUGUGCAUUACCUGAGAGAUGGUACACAGGGUCAAUUUCUGUAGAGGUCACAGCUCACUGUAAUCUAGGGCCUGUAUGCCCAAGUCCGUUACUUUCGUGGAUUAUUUUCCAUCAACUGCCAUUAAUGAAACAUUGUUAUGCAUACAAAUCUGAAGAUAAAUUGGAGACCAUUCGAAGCAUAUAUGCAUCAAUUUUGAGCUCAAACUACUUGGUUUGCCUAAUUAUGAGGCAUCUUCAUUAAAAACUGCUCACUGCUUUGAACUAUAUUUUGUCUAAAUGUGAAAAUUUAAAUUGUACAAAUUGCGGUAUUAUGUUCACUAGCAGGCAGUUAAGAUUACUGACAUGUCAUAUUCACCUUUUCUCCGCUGUUCCUUCACAGUGUGUUGCACACUCCAAAUAAAAAUUAAAAAAUCAAAA